GGCGGCUAUGGCGACGGGCGGCGGCGGAGCCGGGCCAGGUCCCGGUGCCGGUCCCGGUGCCGCUGCCAGCGGAGCCGGCAGCCGGCGGGGCCCGGGGCUGAUUUGGGCUGAAAAGAAGAGGCUGAACAAAGGGACAGAUGUGGUGGAGAAAAGAGGUCCAUACAUCAUGAGCAAACCUCCCUCCAUCCAGGCCAAGCUGAAGAGGCAGCGGGAGCUGGCAAAGGCAGCGCUGCGAAGGCAGGGGCUGCUGGGGGCACCCACUGCCCUGAAACCAACUCCUAAAAGGUCUGUGAAGUUCAACAAGGGCUACACAGCGCUCAGCCAGACAGCUGAUGAAAACCUGGUCUCCCUCGACUCAGACAGUGACGGGGAGCCAGGAUCCAGGUGUUCCUCGGGAUACUCCUCCGCUGAGCAGGUGACCCAGGACCUGAGCCGGCAGCUGCUGCAGGACGGGUACCACCUCGAUGAGGUCCCCGAUGAUGAAGACCUGGAUCUCAUACCCCCAAAACCUGCUGCCUCCUCUUCUUGCCCCUGUUGUUUUGGAGAAAAUCUCUCCUGUGUGAUCCAGUAGCUGCACAAAAACAGGUCAAAAUCCAGCACUUUCUUUGUCCCGUGGGAUGGCUGGUGGUGUCCAGGUCCCACGCCAGGACGGUGACACAAGGACUGAACGAUGCUGCUCGUGGCAGAGACCAACUGACUCCAAAAGACUUCUCAUUACACUCAGCAAUAUCAGGGGGAGGUGGCACAGUGACAUUUUGGUGACCUGCAUGGGACCUGGCACUUGGCUGGGGUGGGAAGAGAGGACAGGCAGGGCCUGGCACCUCCACAGGGGUAUAAAGGGAAGGAAUUGGGAGUUUCUGGGGUUGGAGCUAAUGGCUUAUUCCCAUUCUCCUCAACGCUGCUUUAAUGCAGGUGAGGCACAGCCCAGGCCCCCCAUCCCAGCUCUGCACAGGGCUUGGAUUUGGGGGGCUGGAGAGCCUCCCGGCUGCAAACCAUAAACGCUGCCUUAAACCAUGGUCCUGCUCUAUGACAUAGAGGACAAUCAGCUUCUUAUACAGAAACCUUAUUUAAAUAUUUCAUGUCAAGAGACAUGAACUGGUUGGGUGGGGGGCAUGUUUGUUUGUUUUUGUAUCUUACUUGUAAAAGGGAGCACUUAAUAAACUGGAUCUCAUU